UUUAUGACGUCACAGCCGAGCUCUUCCUCAUUCUGCUGCAGCGGCCCGGCCGCGCAGCAGCUCCGGAGGAGGGGGGUCGCGCGUCGCCGCGCUCCGACGUCGGUCUGACGUCACCGUGACGUAGCUGUGACGUCAUUUCCCGCGUUCUCCACACCGAGGGGGUCGCCAUGGUGUCGUUGCUGUGCUGCGGGCCCAAGCUGGCGGCGUGCGGCAUCGUCCUGAGCGCCUGGGGAGUCGUCAUGCUGGUGAGGGGACGACACCACAACAACACAACACCACAACAACGUCCCAACACCGCAACCUCGAUUUCUAACACCUUUCUUUCCAUCCAUCCCAGCGGUCCGGAGCGAAUUUAUGGGCUGUACGAACGCGUGGGCACCAAUUGUUUCGUGGCUGCUGGGCUCUACCUGUUGUUGGGAGGCUUUGCUUUGUGUCAGGCACGACUCAAUAAGAGGAAGGAGUACCUCGUCCGCUAGUCGUCAUGGCAACCGACCCCAAAAAGACCCCAGUUUCCUCCCAAAACCCCCAUUUCCCCUCCAUAUCCCACUUCUGAUCCCGUUGGUGGUGGUUGGAGGACCCAGAGGUGAUGCUUGGAGGACCGACUGGUUUCGUUUCUCUCUUACCUACAAUGUUGCAACCCACGCAGUGUAAUAAAUGAUGUUGUGUUCUAUUCUAUAUGGAGUUCUGUGGGUCUGUCACCAUGGAGACCCCCCAAAAAACCCCCAUUCCCCUCCAUAUCCCACUUCUGAUCCCAUUGGUGGUGGUUGGAGGACCUGGAGGUGAUGCUUGGAGGACUGACUGGUUUUGUUUCUCCCUUACCUACAACGUUCCAACGCACGCAGUGUAAUAAAUGAUGUUGUGUUCUAUU